AUGCAACGUCAUGUUUUGCACCGUCUGACACGAGCAAUCAGCUGCAGCUCCGUCGCUGCCAAGAGUUCGACGGUCACGCUGCUGCCGCGACACUUCUCCGUGGAAAUACUACCCCCAGUGAAGCAGACGCUUUUGUUUAUCAAUAACAAAUUUGUUCCAUCGUCAUCGGGUGCCACGUUUGACACGUUCAAUCCGGCCACGGAAGAGAAGAUUGCGUCGAUCGCAGAGGCGACUCGGGCUGACGUUGAUGCCGCUGUAGACGCUGCACGCACUGCUUUCAAUGGCCCGUGGCGUACCAUUGACGCUUCCGAGCGCGGUCGUCUUCUCUACCGCCUUGCAGACCUCAUUGAGCAACAUGGCGACGAGCUGGCACGACUCGAGGCCCUUGACGCCGGUAAACCUACCACCCUGGCCCGUGUCGUUGAUGUGCAAGCGACUCUGAACGUGCUGCGGUACUACGCUGGCUGGGCCGACAAGAUCCACGGUAUCACUGUCCCCAUUUCUGGUCCCUACUUGUGCUACACGAAGCAAGAGCCCGUGGGCGUGUGUGGCCAACUCGUCCCAUGGAACUUCCCGAUGAUUAUGAUGUCCUGGAAGCUCGGGCCGGCGCUUGCUGCUGGUAACACGGUGGUGCUCAAGCCCGCCACGCAGACUUCGCUCACGGCUCUGCGUAUCGCUGAGCUCAUUGUCGAGGCUGGCUUCCCCGAAGGUGUCGUCAACGUUGUCACGGGUGGUGGCAAGACUGUUGGUGCCUACCUUUCGCAGCACCCGAACGUGGACAAGAUUGCCUUCACGGGCUCCACAAGGACUGGAAUGGCCAUCAUGCGCUCGUCCCAUGUCGACAACCUCAAGCGCGUGAGUCUGGAGCUUGGCGGCAAGUCUGCCAACAUCAUUCUCGAUGAUGCAGACAUUGAUGCGGCCAUCGAGCAGUCACAAAAAGGUUUGUUCAUUAACUCUGGUCAGCUCUGCAUCUGUGGCAGCCGCGUGUACGUGCAAGAAGGAAUCUACGACGAGUUCGUCCGUCGAUCUGUCGAGGCUGCAAAGACCAUAAAGAUUGGGGAUCCGACCGAUCCUAGGACUCAACAAGGUCCACAGAUUGACGGCGGGCAGUUGAGAAGAAUUUUGGACUUCAUUGAGUCGGGAAAGCAAGCUGGUGCUCGGUUAAUGUGCGGCGGAAAGCGCUGGGGUGACAAGGGCUUCUUUGUCGAGCCUACAGUAUUCACUGACGUGACAGACGACAUGGCCAUUGCUCGUAAAGAGAUCUUUGGUCCUGUCAUGUCGAUUCUCAAGUUCAAGACAAUCGACGAGGUCAUCGAGCGCGCGAAUAACUCGGAGUAUGGUCUCGGGGCUGGUGUCGUUACGUCCAGCUUGGACAAUGCCAUCAAGAUCUCCAAUGGCGUGCGCGUUGGCACUGUGUAUGUGAACUGCUACGCUGUCAUCGAGCCCAAUGCACCCUUUGGUGGCUUUAAGAACUCGGGUUUCGGUCGCGAGCAGGGCGAACAAGGGCUACGCAACUACUUGGAGAGCAAGACGGUCAUAAUCAAGCGCCCAGAUGACUCGAUGCCAUAA